AUGGAACCAAGAGGACUAGGGGAUAGGUUGGGUGGUUUAGCUGCGUUGGUGAUGGUCGUGUUGGCGGUGCUUAUUUCGGCAUUGGUCUUCAAUGUGUCCGGUAACUUGGUUUUUCCGGUGAGCCAUAAGUUCAAUGGCAGAGAGGGUGCAUCUCUAAGUAAAUUUAAAGCCCAUGAUGAUCGUCGUCACGCAAGAAUUCUCAAGGCCACUCAGAAUGCUGUGGAUAUGGUUUUGGGUGGCAACGGACAUCCUACUCAAGAUGGGCUCUACUUCGCUAAACUUGGGAUUGGGAAUCCUUCAAACGACUAUUACUUGCAAGUUGAUACCGGAAGUGACAUAUUUUGGGUGAAUUGCGCUGAGUGUGGAAAGGACUGCCCAACCAGUACUAAGAUUCAGGGAGUUAAACUCACACUUUACGAUCGAAACAGCUCUUCCACUUCAGAGGUGGUGCGUUGUAGUGAUAAAUUUUGCACUGCAUAUGGAGAAGAUCACGAGAUGGCCAAGUGCAAUAAGCCGGACGACAAAUGCAGCUACCUCAUUCAAUAUGGAGAUGGAAGUUCAACUUCUGGAUACUUUGUCAAGGAUGAAGUACAGUUUCAGAAAGCCAGCGGAAACUUUGAAACAUCAACCAUUAGUGCACCUAUAAUAUUCGGGUGCGGGACCAACCAAUCCGGUUUGUUAAAUAACCCCAAUGUAGCAGUUUCCGGGCUACUUGGUUUUGGCAACGCAAAUAUAACCUUGCUUUCACAGCUAGCAGCCGCAGGAAAGGUGAGGAAUAAAUUUGCACAUUGCUUGGAUAACUCGAAACAAGGUGGUGGAAUCUGGGCUAUAGGAGAAGUUGUCGAACCCAAAAUCAAGUACACAUCACCUAUGGUACCAAAUUCGCUUCAUUACAAUCUUGUGCUGGAAAAAAUUGAGGUUGGUAGUGAUGUUGUAAAACUUCCUACUAGUGGUGGUGGUGGUGGUGAUGUUUCUGAUGGCAGUUCAUACCAAAACGAGGCAAUCUUUGACAGUGGUACAACAUUGACUUUGUUUCCACCAGAGUUGCAAGAACAAAUAGUGGACAAGAUACUGUCCAAGGAGCCUGGAUUGCAGUUGUAUAAAACUCAGCACGACGAAUUUACAUGUUUUGAUUAUUCCAAAAACAUUGAUGAAAAGUUUCCUAUUGUCAAGUUCACUUUCAAAAAUUCCGCUUCAUUGAUGGUGUAUCCUCAUGAUUAUCUGUUCCAGUUGGAUGAGGGUUCAUGGUGUCACGGUUGGAUGAAAUCUCAGUCUGGAUCAUCAGAACCACCAGUCAUUCUUCUGGGAGAUAUGAUCCUUUCCAAUAAGGUAGUCGUAUACGAUCUCGAACAGCAGGUCAUUGGGUGGGCUGAUCACAACUGUUCUUCAAGCAUUAAAGUGAAAGAUGACGAGUCAGGGUCAGACUACGCUGUUCAGUACCACAAUCUUGCUUCUUCAGAUUCUUCCGGCCUAUUGGGGUUGUUUAACUUUUAA